AUGAGCUCAAUGGAGGAGGUGGAUUUGAAACAGGCCAACAUCUUGGCAGCCGGUGCCAACAAGAAGUCUGUCCGUAUUGUUAAUGGACUGGGUUCAAUGAUGGGAUCAAAAUCAAUGGUUAACGUUGAUUUUGAGAAAGAUUCCAAUAUGGAUUACCUGCUGGAAAGGGAUCAGCAGGAAAAGAUGAAGUAUUCUAACCGUAAACAUAUUUCGGAACAGCCAUGGACGCUAAACAACUGGCACAAACAUAUCAACUGGUUGAAUAUGAUUCUUACUGUGGUAAUUCCAAGUAUUGGUUGGUACUUCUCACUAAGUGGUAAGGUACCUUUGAAGUUGGGUACUGCAGUCUUCGCGGUCUUCUACUACGCAUUAGGUGGUGCUUCCAUUACUGCAGGUUACCACAGACUGUGGGCACACAGAUCUUAUUCGGCCCGUUGGCCACUAAGGCUUUUCUUUGCUAUCUUCGGUUCAGCAAGUGUGGAAGGUUCUAUCAAAUGGUGGGGUCACUCUCAUAGAAUUCACCACCGUUACACAGAUACUACAAGAGACCCAUAUGAUGCUCGUCAAGGUUUGUGGUUCUCUCACAUGGGAUGGAUGCUUUUGAAACCUAAUCCAAAGUACAGAGCAAGAGCAGAUAUUGAAGAUUUGGCCAAUGACUGGAUUGUCAGAUUCCAGCACAGACAUUACAUUUUGAUGAUGGCCUUCACAGCUUUUGUUCUUCCAACUCUAGCCUGUGGUUAUCUAUUUAACGAUUAUCUCGGUGGAUUUAUCUAUGCUGGUAUUAUCAAGGUGUUUUGCAUUCAACAGGCAACAUUCUGUAUCAAUUCUUUGGCCCACUACUUAGGUGAUCAACCAUUUGACGAUAAGAGAACUCCUCGUGAUAACUGGAUUACAGCUCUAGUCACAUUUGGUGAAGGUUACCACAACUUCCACCACGAGUUCCCAACUGAUUACAGAAAUGCUAUCAAGUGGUACCAAUAUGAUCCAACUAAAAUGAUCAUUUACUGUUGUUCAUUAGUCGGAUUGUCUUACGACUUAAAGAAAUUCUCCCAAAACGCUAUUCAGCAAGCUUUGGUGCAACAACAACAAAAGAAAUUGGACAAACAACGUACUAAGUUGAACUGGGGUCCACCAUUAACAGAUUUACCAGUAUGGGAUAAGCAAGAAUAUUUGAACCAAUGCGAAGGUAGAAAGGGCUUAGUGGUCAUCUCUGGUAUCGUUCAUGACGUUUCAGGUUAUUUGACUGAGCACCCAGGUGGUGAGACCCUUUUGAAAGCUGCACUUGGUAAGGAUGCUACUAAAGCGUUCAACGGUGGUGUUUACCGUCACUCUAAUGCAGCUCACAACGUCUUGGCUACCAUGAGGGUUGCAGUUGUUAAAGAAGGUGAGCAACAAGCCAUCAGAUUUGCAGCAAGAAGAGGUGAAGUCUACUCUGCCAAGAAGGCUCAGUAA